GGAAAGGUGCUUGAUAUUUUGGAGAAUAAUGUCGCCUGAGUUUAAGGCAUAUGUGAAAUUGAAACUAAAACGCAGACUGAAAACAGCUGAAACAAUCCAUUCCGUGGAAAGAUCUCCGCGAAUUCGCGGGUUUGACAUCGCUCACCUUUUAAUUAAUAGGUUAUAGAUUAAAAACAAUUAUAGACGACAAAAAUGAUGCUUAGAACGUGCGUGUUCGCUAUGGCUGUAGGUCUAUGCAUUGACAUAACCACAUUUUGCGCCACGGGUUUUGGCGCAUCUAUUUCCAAAACUGGACCAAUAAGUUUUGACCUUUUUGGAAAUCUGUUGCGUCUAUGGGUUGUAGCGGGGAUUCGAUUAGUUAUACUAUUUGGUGUAUCGCUACUCACACUAGGAUCGAUUAAACCCGUAUUGAAGCGCUGGUUAACAGUGCACUGUUUCCUUGCCCCGGUCUACGAGACCGGGCAACUGAUGCUGCAUGGCAGUUCACCGGAGAGCACGCAUGGAUCGUUGGGGGGUCCAAGUUUGUGGCUAUUGUGUACCGCGGCAGCAGCUGCAGCAGCCCUGUUUUGGGAGAAAACCUUCCCUGACAGCAACGAAGAAAGUAACGGGAAAGAGAAGACACAGAAGGCACGAGUGCUGUUCAUGAGAGUCCUCUACUUCUACAGACCUGACACCCUCCUUUUGGUUGGAGCGUUUAUAUUCCUGUCACUGGCUGUCCUCUGUGAAAUGUUCAUCCCAUUCUAUACAGGAAAGGUGAUUGACAUCUUGGCUUCCCAGUACAAGUGGAAUGACUUUCUCACAGCUAUCAUCCUCAUGGGGCUCUACUCUUUGGGAAGCUCAUUCAGUGCAGGCUGUCGUGGAGGCCUCUUCAUGUGUGCCAUCAACAGCUUCACCUCUCGAAUUAAAGUAGAGCUGUUUGGGGCCCUGGUGAAGCAGGAUAUCAGCUUCUUUGAGACCAUCAAGACAGGUGACAUCACGUCCAGGCUGUCCACAGACACCACUAAGAUGGCCCGGGCGGUGGCCCUGAAUGUCAACGUCCUACUGAGGACCCUCAUUAAGAUUGUGGGUAUGCUGUCGCUCAUGAUGAGCCUGUCCUGGAAGCUCACUCUGCUCAUGCUGAUGGAGACGCCCAUCACCGGCCUGCUGCAAGGCGUCUAUGACAACUAUUACCUGAGGCUCACUAAGGAGGUGCAGGACUCCAUGGCCAGGGCGAACGAGGCAGCGGGGGAAACAGUAGCAGGAAUCCGGACCGUGCGAAGCUUUAACACAGAGCGGAGUGAGGCUGGUCAUUAUGACCACAGGUUGAUGGACACCCACAAUCUCAAGACCAGGCGGGACACCGUCAGGGCAGUGUACGUGCUCCUGAGAAGACUAACAGCGCUGGUAAUGCAGGUGGCCAUGCUGUACUAUGGCAGACUGUUUAUCCAGCGAGGUCAGAUGAGCACUGGGAACCUGGUCUCUUUCAUCCUCUACCAGUCUAACCUGGGAACCAACAUCAGGACUUUGAUUUACAUCUUUGGCGACAUGCUGAACUCGGUGGGGGCGGCUGGUAAGGUGUUUGAGUAUCUGGACAGAGAGCCCCAGGUCAGCGCCAAGGGGACCCUCCAACCAGAGACCUUAACUGGACACGUCCACUUCCACAACCUCUCCUUCUCCUACCCCACCCGCCAGGAGCGCAAAGUACUGCAGGGCUUCUCUCUGGAGCUGAGGCCGGGUCAGCUGACUGCUUUGGUGGGGCCGUCAGGAGGGGGGAAGAGCACCUGUGUUAGUCUGCUGGAGAGGUUCUAUCAGCCUCAGCAGGGAGAGAUCCUAUUGGAUGGACAACCACUGCACAGCUACCAGCACCACUACCUACACAGGAAGGUAGCCAUGGUGGGCCAGGAACCUGUUCUGUUCUCUGGGUCCAUCAAGGACAACAUUGCCUACGGCCUGGCAGACUGCUCUUUGGAGAGGGUGCAGGAAGCUGCUCGCAGAGCCAACGCCCACAGCUUCAUCAGCCAACUGGAGAAGGGUUAUGACACAGAUGUAGGAGAGCGGGGUGGUCAGAUGUCCGGUGGUGAGAAGCAGCGUAUUGCCAUCGCCAGAGCUCUGAUCAGAGAGCCACAGGUCCUCAUCCUGGACGAGGUCACCAGCGCACUGGACACUGAGAGCGAACACAUGGUCCAGGAGGCCCUGGCUAGCUGCCCCUCCCAGACCCUGCUGGUGAUUGCUCACAGGCUGAAGACAAUCGAGAGGGCAGAUCAGAUCAUUCUGAUUGACCAAGGAACCGUCCUGGAGCAGGGCACUCACCAGGAGUUGAUGGACAGGAAGGGGGGCUACUACAAACUAAGAGAGAGACUCUUCACAGAAGACGACACGUCACAUUGACCAAAGAAAUCCUCCUGUUUGAACUGUAAAUAUUGAUGUCAUUUUCUCACUUUCACUCUGACCAAUACUCACAACCUCCCAAUAUACUGUAAAUUACAUGUACAUCAAAAAUGUAUUUAAAUAUUGAAUAUAGUUAGGUAUAUAUUUUUACUUCAUAGGAGAUGGACACUUCUGUUGGUGACAUUUUAUUAUGUUGUAUGACUCUAGGAGUGGUUUUUAUUUUAUUUGAUUGUAUUCUUACUAUUCUUCUAUUUCUUAAUGUUCGAUGAAGAAAUAGAAGGGCAAUGAGUGACCCACAUUAUAAAACCAUUUAUGAUGUUCUGGAGCAAAGGUCUCUUAUGUUGUCUAACCAAGGGAAUAAAUGAUCUAUUAAACAUUUUAACCUCUCGCUAAACCACCUCUAAUUUAAUCUGACGCUUGUUUUACAUUUCCUGUACACUUCCACACCUAUUGUUGUGAAUGCUUUUGUCGUAUAGUAUAGUCAUUUUGUAGUAUGUAUCACUGACAGACUUAUCUACAGCCAUUUUGUGGCAAAGUGUAGCCUAAGCAUUGGCUUAGAGAUAAAAAUGUUUUCCCGGUA